UCCCCUUCUCCCUCUCUCCCUCCUCCCUCUCUUUUUCUGGCUUCGAGACUUUCUAUACACAGUACUAUAUGGCAUUGACAAACGUCGUGAAAUCGAACGUCGAACGUCGUCGUCGUCGUCGUCGUCGUCGUUGUUGUCGUCGUUUUCGUCGUUUUCGUCGUCGUUAAAAAACCUUCGUCCAAUUCGAGAAAUCAACGUCAACGCGUGUCGUCUCGCUUACGCGCGGCGGUUCAUUAACCGUCAUUACUGGCGCGAAAUUUAAAUUGACGCUCACCUUUACAUUCUAAAAGUAAAAAUCGAUAUUCGUCGAUUUCAUCGAGAUUUUCUUUCUCUUGAUAAUAACUAUUUUUCUAUUGGCAAUAGAGUAAAUAUUAGAGUUUUGAUAGACGAAUCGUAGCUCUCUUAUUUCGUCAAAGUUUAUUCUACGUGCGAACGAAAGAUGAAGGAUGCAAUUCAGCCGAAAGGAACUAACAGCAUAAACAGUACUAAAACUAAACCAUCAUUAGAGAUUUAUCGGCCACCAGGUGGAAGAACGGAAGGAACAACGGCGAACGUUACUAAUCCACGAUUAAACGUACAUGCUAAGGAGUUCACUAUGAAGCAAAACGAUUCGCAUCCAUCUAAGUCUCGGACGAAUGCUUCAGAGCGUACCCCGUAUUAUCUACAGCACAGCAAAUCGAGUGGGAACGUUCAUCGAUAUCUCUACGCUCAGCAACAACAGCAACAGCAACAACAACUCCAUCAUCCUUUGCAUCAACAUAGACAUUCUCAUGGUAGCCAUCAUUCGAGCUCAUCGAGACAGGGACAUCCGUUAGAAAUGGUUGCUUCCAGCGGAAGUAUCUUACACGGUACAAAUAGGGUACACUUUAACGUGGAUCAAAAUGAAGGCAAAUCUAGCACACCAAAAGUAGGAAGACUUACAAAGUCUUUAUCCUUCGUGUCCACUUAUGGUUUGAAACGUUCAAAAAGUCUGAACGCCGCUGAUGCUCUGGCUGCUAAAGCAAUUAAUAUCUCUGAUGCUUCGGAAUUAGGAAAGUUUCCAGGCCCUGUUCAAGACACCCUUUUAAGAGCCAUCGAUGAUCCAAAUAUAUUGAAUGCACGUUCGCUUAUGGAACUUGUACGACAUAUAUUAGAACGGACCGUUGAAAAUCGUCGAUAUGCGGAACCAGCGGCAAAAAUAUGCAUUACUAUAAUAGAGAAAGAAAGCAACGAGACCUUCUUGGAAUCUCUCUUGAACAUAUGUCAACAAUGGUACCAAGAUCGUACGAGAAUACUUCGAGAUGAAUCAGGUUGUCACCGUUACUCGGCCUUCAUGAUGUUCCUCAACGAGAUGUACUGUCAGCUGAAACGACGACAACUUCAACUCAAGACGCAGCAAGAAGGUGUACCUCCAGGUCGUGUGCUUCUCACAUUACUCUGGAAAUGUUGUCAGGAUUGCUUGCAACCACCGGUUGUAAAUUCUCUCGCCGAGACGGAUUGUCUCUUCUUCAUUCUCACCUGUAUUGGCAAGGAUCUUGAUGCUGAAUUACCGGCACAACUUCAACAACUACUUGGAAGUCUACGAGACGCCUUUCUAGCCGACGAGACGACUCUCCCAUCCGUGAGGAAAACGCUUUUACAAUUGAUUGAACUCCAUGCCGCUCAUUGGCAAUUACCAGCACCAGCAGUCGUCUAUUAUUAUCCUGGAUCGACUUCCAAAUGAUCUUUGUUCUUUUUUUCGGUCCAUUCAUCCAUCCAUCCAUCUAUCCAUCCAUAUAUCUAUCCAUCCAUCCAUCCAUCCAUUUAUCCAUUGGUCUUCACAUUACUUUGUGUGUCUGCGUUGUCGGCGCUCGAACUCGCAUAUGUGCGUUCAUUCACGUUUUAUUUUUUUCUACUCGAUUGAAAAACUUUUCACGGAUUGAUUCUUUUAACGGACCAUUCGAUCUCUCUCUCUCUAUCUCUAUCUCUGUCUCUUUCUCUCUCUCUUUCUCUCAUUUCCUAUUCCUCUUUAUUUUCUUUUAUAAAUCACGACGAACGUGUACGAUAUAUACAUGUAUAGGUACACACACAUACAUACACAUAUAUAUACAUCAUACAUAUAGCAAUCGUGCCAUUCGUAAAAUAAUCCUGUGUUUUCUGAUAGGAGCAAAACAAUAAUAUCCUCGCUUCGAUGAAUCGAAAGGAAGAAUGCAUUUAAAAGCUUUUUUUUCUUUGCUUCCUCCUUUCCUUUAUCACCCAAUGAACUUCUCUUGUGACAUGACUUAUAUGAUGCUUAUAACAUCAAUAGCCGUGAUCUCGUUUAUAUAACGAAGUAAUAGCUCCCCUACCUGUAUAUUUUUGCAUUUCCAUGGAUUAUAAAAAGCUCGCAUCAAAGAUUCUUCAUUGCAACCGUCGACGAUACGGAAUAUUGAAUAUCGAACGUUGAACAGGAUAUUAAAAAUAUUCUUUUCAUUAUAAAGAAUUUUGUUUGCUAAAGAAUAAUAUCAAAAAAUUCUUGCUUUACUUAAGCAAAUCAUUCACAAAAUAAAAAAGAAAAAUAAAUAGAAGAGAAAAAAAAAAAUAUAUAUAUAUAUAUACAAGAAAACAAACAAAAUUAAUUGGAGAAUAAUUUAGACGUAAUAUAAGGUAAUGAAAAAUUCAUUAUUUAUUUGCUACUUGAGUGACUUGAAAAAAAAAAAAGAAAAAAAAAGGACAAAAAAAAAAUUAAAGAAAAAAUCAUUGAAGAUAACGAAUGCAAAUAUUUCUUUUCAUUUUGCAAACCAUCAUACGGUAUAUUAUACGAGUAUAUUUAUUUUACGAUAAAACGUUUCUCAUAGAUUUAGACAUAUAACAAGAGUUAUAACGAAAGAAAAUAAGAAGCAAUGAGGUGCAUUGUAAUCUUGUAAUUGGAUUAAGUAAAUCAACAUUGAAUUGUA